AUGGCCCGGGCCACUGUGACCGUCCUUACCAACGCCCCGCCCGAUGAACUGGUGGAGACCGAGCUGGUCAUUGUGGAUGAGGCUUUUGAGGAGCUUGAGGACGGCAAUGAAGAUGCGCUGAAGGAGGUGCUGGAACGACAGAAGACACAGCUCAGGCAAGGCUUUUAA